AAAAAUGUGUCCUAAAAACUAACACCAAAAACGACUUCUAUUUGACACAACCACUCACACACUAACUCUCACUACCACAGUACCCCUCACUCCGGCCACCACUCCACCACCCUAUUCCAUCACAAAACCACCUUGCCAACCAAAAGGUUCAAUCUUUAUCCAUACCCACAUCAAGAAACAACAGAUUUUUAACAAAAAUAAUAUCUUCUGGCUGUUAGAUCACCGGAGCCACCACCGUCAACCACCAGUAAUCCUUCCAAUUCCGUCACACCCGCAUCAUAAAACCACCAUGGCAACAAAAAGCUUCAAUUUUUAUUCAUACCCACAUCGUAAUUUUCAACAAAAAAUCAAAUAUUUUUGCUGUUAGAUCACCGGAGCCACCAUCAACCACCACUAGUUCCCCCAAUUCCGGCACACCCACAUCAAAAAAACAAUCAUGGCAACCAAAAGCUUCAAUCUUUAUCCAUACCCACAUCAAGAAACAACAAAUCUUUAACACAAAUCAAAUCUUUUUACUACUAUGAUGGCGGCGGAGACUUCCACAUCCACCGUACACCCACCACCGGAGUCAACGGAUGAGUUGACCAUAAAAAAAGUGCAUAAAAGAUACGAAGGGUUGAUGAUGAUCCGAACAAAAGCUAUUAAGGGUAAAGGGGCCUGGUAUUGGGCUCAUCUGGAGCCUCUUUUGGUUCAAAAUCCGGAUUCAGGUCAACCUAAAGCGGUCAAACUCCGGUGUGCCCUAUGCGACGCCGUUUUCUCCGCUUCUAACCCUUCCAGAACGGCGUCGGAGCAUCUAAAACGUGGAACUUGCCGGAAUUUUAACUCCGGCGAGAGUCCGACACCGAUUACGUCCAUCUCACCGGCAGGAGUUGUCACUGUUCGUUCUCCGGCGUCGUCUUCGUCACCAAAAGGGCAACAAAACCACCGGAAACAGAGCAAUUCCGGUAAGAGAGCUCGCCGGAAUGAUAAAACCGGCGAGUUUUCCGGCAACGGAGGUGGAAAUACAAACUCCGGUACUCCAUCGCCAACGUACUCUGUCCCACCGGUGGCCAUGAUCGGACCGGCGGGUUUUCCGGCGAGGGAUUCCGUCCAACCGGCAUUGCCGGAGGUGAACCACCGGCGGCACGUGCAUGUGGAACAACCACACGUGAUGUUAUCAGGGGGAAAAGAGGAUUUGGGUGCACUAGCAAUGUUGGAAGAUAGUGUGAAAAAACUCAAAACCCCUAAAUCAUUACCUUAUCAAACUUUAACAAAGUCACAAAUUGAUUCAUCACUUGAGUUAUUAACAGAUUGGGUGUAUGAACACUGUGGGUCUGUCCCAUUUUCAAGUUUAGAGGACCCAAAGUUUAAUAGUUUCUUGAAUAAAAUCGGGCUGCCUUCGGUGGACCGAAUGAAUUUAGCCGGAGAACGGCUGGAUUCGAAGUAUAAACAGGCGAGAAUCGAGUCCGAAGCGAGGAUUCGUGACGCGAUGUUCUUUCAAAUCGCGUCGGAUGGGUGGAAGUCAGGUGGGGAUAAUAAUCAUCAUUAUCAUGACCAUGGUUCGGGUGGGUUCGAUAAUUUGGUGAAUUUAUCGGUGAAUUUGCCGAAUGGGUCCGGAGUGUUUAGACGGGCUGUGUUUACGAGUGGGUAUGUGUUUUCGAAGAAUGCCGAGGAUGUGUUGUUGGAGACAAUUAGGGAGAUAUGUGGGAGUAAUUUGCAGCAGUGUGUUGGGAUUGUUUCGGAUAGGUUUAAAUCGACUGCUUUAAGGAAUCUUGAAAACCAACAUUGUUGGAUGAUCAAUCUAACAUGUCAGUUUCAAGGGGUUUAUGGUUUGAUUAAAGAUUUUAGUAAACAACUUCCAUUGUUUGGUAAUGUGAGUGAUAAUUGUUUUAAAGUUGCAAACUUUAUUAACAGUAAGUCUCAUGUGAAGAAGUCUUUGGUUAAGUAUCAGAUGCAAGAAUACGGUCGGGUGGGGUUGUUGCGCGUACCCAUUUGUGGUGGGAAUAGAUUUAUGUUUGCGUUCGAACCGGUGUUUAAUUUGGUGGAAGAUGUGUUAAGCUCAGCUCGAGCAUUGCAGUUGGUUUUGCUUGAUGAAGGGUAUAAGAUAGUUUCGUCGGAGGAUCAAGUUGCGAGGGAGAUCGAUGAAAUGUUGAGGAAUCCUCGGUUUUGGAAAGAAUUAGAGGCGGUUCAUUCGUUGGUUAAGUUGAUCAAAGGGAUGGCUGAAGAGAUUGAGAAAGAGAGGCCGCGAAUCGGGCAGUGUUUGCCACUUUGGGAGGAGUUGAGAUUGAAGAUCAAGAACUGGUGUGUCGAGUUUCAAGUUAAUGAAGAUCGUGUAGAUAAGGUUUUCGAUAAAAGGUUUAAGAGAAACUAUCAUCCGGCUUGGUCUGCUGCGUUCAUACUUGAUCCGCUUUAUUUGAUCAGAGAGACGGGUGGGAAGUACUUGCCGCCUUUCAAAUACUUAACUUCGGACCAAGAAAAGGACGUCGACAAGCUUAUAACAAGGCUUGUGUCAAGAGAAGAAGCUCACAUUGCUCUAAUGGAGCUUAUGAAGUGGAGAACCGAAGGGCUUGACCCAGUUUACGCGCAAGCAGUUCAGUUGAAACAAAGAGACCCCGUUACGGGCAAAAUGAGAAUCGCUAACCCACAAAGUAGCAGGCUGGUUUGGGAAACUUAUUUAACCGAAUUCAAACUUUUGAGGAAAGUGGCAGUGAGGUUGAUCUUUCUUCAUGCCACUUCUUGUGGGUUCAAAUGGAAUUGGUCAUUCUCAAAAGGAAAUCAAUCGAGAAACGCGAUUGAAAGGGCGCAAAAGUUGAUCUUCAUUGCCGCUCAUUCGAAGCUCAUGAGACGGGGUUUCUCUAACGACGAAGAUAAAGAUUCGUUCUUUGCGGUCGGGAAUGGUGAUGAUGAUGUACUUAAUGAUGUUUUGUUUGAUGCAUCUUCCUUAUAAAGAUGCAAUCUUUUUUCUUUCUUUUGAUUGUUGUUUCCUUGAUCCAUUAGAAGAUUUUUGCACCUGUGAUUCUUAUAGUAUAGAAAAGGGUAACUUUUUUUUU